AUGAAAUGAAAUGAAUCCCAUCCCCAUACGAGAUUAGUCGAGAUGGGAUGUAAUUUUUUCAGAAUCAAAAUUAAAAUCUCGAACUUACCCUCUUAUGGCGACCGCUCCCAACUCCUCGCUCUCCCCCAUUUCAGUCGCCAUCACCGUCUCCGUCACCAUUACCGUAGCCGGUGGUAGGUGUCUGUUCUUCAUUCGGCAGCGAGUUACUUGCCUUCCUUUUCAUUCCCGUAAGCCCGUAAGCCUUCGUCUCUGCUUGUGCUCAUCCAUUCAAGUCCGAUUUACAUUUUGGUUGUUGAUUGGGUAUGUCGAUUUGUGGAAAAUCCUUAAGUAGUAUCUCCGACCAAUUUCUAUGGGUGAUGUUUCUUUUUUUGGUCAGUUCCAUGGGUGAUGUCUCUUAAUGAAGUUAGUUGUUAUGUUUUCAAUUUUCGAUUCAGGUUUCUGAUGAAAUUUUCUUGAUUUGGAGGGGGAGUGCGGUUUGAUGAGCUUAUACUCAUGCAUGAAUUUUUCUCAACAUCUCUAGCAAUUUUUAAGUUUGAUGCCUUUUGGAUAAUAACAUGGAUUGCUUGUCUGAAUGAAAAUUCCAAAGGCAAUGUUUGCAAAACUAAAAACAAGCAAAUUAAAAAUUCUCUGCCCUUGUAUUGCAUUCUGCACUUGUUUUUGGGGCUGUUGUUUGUGCAUUAAAAAUUCUGCACUUUUUACCUGGGGGUUUGCCCAAAUUUUAUCCUCAUGGAAGUUGCUGUUUUUGAGCUAAUUUCUACCUUGUUUUAGGUGUGUUUAAGGCUGAUUUUUCCUUUUUUUCGCCUUAAAUUGUUAUAGAAUUUAUACUAAACUUUGGUUUGGAACUACCUUAAUUCCUGAAAAUUUCCAGCUCAAUCCUUGUCGCAUUAAAGCCAUUCUUGAUUUUAUAGAGAGCUAAGAGAUAGAGCUUUAAUUUUCCUGUUAAGCAUUCAAACCAGUUCUGUUGUCUUCAAGGAGAAAAUUCUGUUGUAAUCCUCAUGUUUAGAAUCUGACCAGUGUUUUGCCCUUUUAUUCUGCUAUUUUCUGAUUUGUUUUAGGCUAAGUUCAAGUGCACUUGAGUUGCUACUUUAGCUUUCAGGUGCUCUGCUAUUUUCUGGUGAAUAAGCUAAAAUUGGGUGCUAAAAUCAGUUGCAGCUGGUUCACCAAUUCCUCUCCUUGCCUGCCACCUCCAAGUUGGGAUUUAGAGUGUAUCUGCACACUAAAUUCUGGUAAGAAGUUACGGCAGCAUGAAGUCCUCUCUUGGACUCAAAAUAUGAUGAAUUACAUUGUAAUUUAUUGAUGCAAGGCUUGAGAAAAAUAGCAGCCUUUUUACCUUUUGAAAUUAACUACAAAAUUCUGUUCUUGUCAUGGUUUGGCUUAGGUCCUUGGGCAAAAUAUCAUUGCUGUUCCAGAUCAGUUUCUAGCUAUACUUUGCUGAUUUUCAAGCUAAAUUAUACUCUUUGUUGCCCGAGUUGGGUUUAGGAAAUGUUAAAACUCGUGGUUAUAGUAAGCCAUUUCCUAAGUGGUUUUAACAUUUAGUAGUUAUACAAUACAAAAAUCUUUUCAUUUUUCCCUUACCUUCUUGUCAUUAGAUUUGAUAUCUGAACUUGAAAUGUUGGGGUUUUUGUUUAUUUCUUUGAGGAAUGAUUUAGUUUUGGUUAGUCAAGUUUGAUUCAGCUGCAUUUUUUAAGUAAACUCUUUGCAUUUCC